AUGGAGCAAAGAAGAAGAAAGGGAUACUGCAACACUGUCUAUCUCCUCUUGUUUAUCUUCUUAGUCUUCUCUUCAGUGACAAGUACAAGCGCAAGUUGUAGGCGAAGAGCUGUGAAACACUUAUCCACAACUCCACCUUCAUCUACACCACUCGAGUCCAGAAUCACUACCAAGGUUAUUGUUGUUAGCAUCGUUUCAGGGAUUCUAACCGGGUUGGUGUCAGCCUUAGCGUUAGCUCUCUUAGUCCGUUGCAUUGUCAAGUACUUGAAACAGACGCCAAUUCUCAAAGGCCCUGUGGUGUUUUCCCCAAAGAUCACACCUAAGUCUCUCCACGCAGCUCUUGCUAAUGGUAUCCAGUUGCUUGGCUCAGACCCUAACGGGAAGUACUACAAGAUGGUGCUUGAUAAUGGUCUAGUGGUUGCAGUUAAGAGACUAGGCUCACUUGAAGGAAAUGGCUCGCCUAGUAGUAGCAAGUCGGUUAAGAGGAGGCUGCAGAAGGAACUUGAGGUUCUUGCUGGGUUAAGAGAUAGGAACCUUAUGAGUUUAAGAGCUUAUGUUCGUGAAUCAGAUGAGUUUUCUCUGGUGUAUGAUUACAUGCCGAAUGGUAGUCUUGAAGAUGUGAUGAACAAGGUUAGAGCUCAAGAAGUGGAGCUUGGAUGGGAGAUUAGACUAAGAGUUGCUGUUGGAAUUGUCAAAGGGCUUCAGUAUCUCCAUUUCACCUGUGAGCAACAGAUUCUUCAUCACAACUUGAAACCUACAAAUGUGAUGUUGGAUUCUGAGUUUGAGCCAAGGCUUGCUGAUUGUGGAUUGGCCAAGAUUAUUCCAGCUUCACACACAUCAGUGUCUUGCUACUCUGCUCCUGAGUCUUCUCAAAGUAACAGAUAUACAGACAAAAGCGACGUCUUCAGCUUUGGGAUGAUAUUGGGUGUUCUUUUAACUGGAAGAGACCCUACACAUCCUUUCUCUAUAGAAGGUGCAAGCGGAGGGAGCUUAGGACAGUGGCUGAAGCAUUUGCAGCAAUCCGGAGAAGCAAGGGAAGCAUUAGAUAAGAGUAUUCUUGGCGAGGAAGUGGAGGAAGAUGAGAUGUUAAUGGCUUUAAGGAUCACUAUUAUCUGUCUUUCUGACUUUCCAGCAGAUCGGCCUUCAAGUGAUGAGCUUGUCCACAUGCUUACACAACUGCACAGCUUUUAG